AUGCAAGCAGCUUACAUGCGACUCAUUGUGCUAUCAGCACUGUUUUGUCUUCCCGCUCAUUCACUGACUAAUCUACUAGACGAUAUCCCCCUGGAUGGUCUCAAAUCGUGUGGUUUGCUUACGAGUGAAAUUCUAUCCGACUGUGUUUUCAAAACUCUCAAACAACAAAAGUGUGAUACCGGAAACACCAUGGCUAAGUAUACCACUACAAUCGGUAGAUUGACAAACAAUGACCUCACAGCCCUAACGAAUUUGUGCGACGAAUGUGCCGGAUGCAAACAGUCGAAGAAGACGUGUAUUCUGAGUAAAAUUUCUUUAGGGUCUUUGCAAAAAUGCCCGCAAAUUGGUGGAGUUGUGCAAAAAGGAUCGGGUCUGUUGGGUAAACUUUUCGGUAAAUAA